AUCACCUAACCCAUAUUAAAUCCUGAUGUCAUCAAGAAGCGCACAACUUGAAGGUUUUUGAAUAUUUCCUCCGCAAUUCUAGAAUUUCUGACUUUGUUACCUCUUAAAAAUGGUUAAUCCCAAUCGCAUGAAGAGGCUAGUUCUUAGACCCGGAUCUAGGUCCGUCGGCGAUUGGUCUCGACCUUCGGCAUCUCCGCUCUGCGCUAAGAAAGGCGCUACAAGAAAAUCCAAGACAGAAGUCAUUCGCGUGUCAAGAGAUAGUACACAUCAUAUGUUAGAUGUUCCGUAAACAAUGUCUGCGCCUGCGCCCGGUGCCCCGACGAGGCGUGCCUCCAGCGUCAGUACUACAGAGCUCGCCAGACAACGUGAUCUCAAUAAGUAUUACCAACCAUGGCUUGAUUCCAAGAGGCUGAAGGGCGUGCCUGCGGAUACGGGGCCCGACGAAAACAGACCAGUAACAUGUUCUCACGACACUACGCUCACUGCUCUCGCUCAGUUGGCAACCUUGAGACUGAAUGUCAAGCGCGGCAUGGUCUCCUUGAUAGACGCGAAUACUCAGAUCAUUCUCGCCGAAGCUACUCAGACUUUAUCGCUCGUCGAUGAGAGGCGGCAUGCCUCUGGCGAUCACAUAUGGCUCGGCAAUGUCUCACUUCCACGCCGGGAUUGUAUGGACGAACACACAUUCGGAUCCAUUAAUACCUGGAAGGACGCUGAUGGUAGCGAUAUCGAUAUACCAUCUUUCAUUGUCAAAGAUACUCUAAAAGACGACCGUUUUAAAUAUCGGGCUUAUGUUACCUCUGGGGCUAGUGUCAGGUUCUAUGCGGGUGUGCCGAUCAUUACUAAACAGGGCCAUGCCAUUGGCGUCUACGCCGUUUCGGAUAUUCGGCCGCGACCACAAGGCCUCACCCUCGACGAGGCACAAUUUAUGGAAGAUGUAGCUCAGAUUGUUGCUGACCAUCUCGAGAGGGUUAUGGACACGGUCGGUCGUGUCUCGGAGAGGGAUUUUAUGAGAGGCAUCUCAUAUUUCCUGGAAGAUCUUUCCGAGUAUAAAUAUCAACUAAGCAAUACAGAUCGUUCCGUGCAAGCGCCAAGUACGAAACAGGCGCCCGACGUACAGGCCACCGACCCUCGUUCCGAGCCUUUAAGGGGGCGCUCUAGUCAGCCGGGAUCAACGUCCUUGUCGGGAUCGAGCUCCCCUUCUCCGGUAAGAGAUAGUAGUGCAAAUGAUGAAACGGACACACGUAAAGUACCUCGAUUCUCCAGAGAUAGCGACUCCCGCGCCAAGGAACAGCCGGACUCUUCGUCGGACAAUAUCCGCAGGAUUUUCACGCAAGCUUCACAACUGCUCUGUCAACAAGCGAGAGCUACGGGAUGCAUAUUUACCGACGCUGCGUCCGGACUGUUCUCCGGUCAAUCUGAGAGUGUUAUUUCCCCACCUACCAGUACGGACCCCGCUGCAGCCAUGGAUGUGAAUUUCGAAUCGACAGAAGAUGAAGAAACGGAAUCCGAAAAGGCUGGAAAAGACCCUGCGCCUUCUCCGGGAUACGGAUCUAAUUUACCGCAGGCAUCCUUUGGUGAUAGGUUGGAUGAAAUGGCCGACGUUCUGAGUAUUUCUAUGGCAGAUGGCGAUGGUGAUGAAUAUCGUCAUGGUGUGAUCAAGCGCAAGAAUCUGAAGAAAUUCAUCUUACGUUAUCCCUUUGGAAAGUGCUUUUACUUGAAUAAGGGACGUAUCGUCUCCGAUCAAAGUCUAAUCCUUGACGAGGUGAUCGUCGGUGGUGGAGGGAAUCACUCACUCCUUAAUGCAUCAGUCGAAGACGUCGAGGAUCAACCCCACAUGCUCCUACCGCGAGAACUUCUUACUUGCCUCUCGGAAGCUAAAUGGCUGAUAUUCCUUCCACUUUUCAAUUAUGCCCAAGGUCAAUGGUUCGCAUCUGGCUUUAUCUGGGGCGAUGACUUCAAGAUGGGUGACCCCGACGAUGCUUUACCUUAUUUCAAGACUUUCGGAUCUUGCAUGAUGAGUGAGGUUGCAAGCAUGGAAGUUCUUAACACGAAUAUUGCCAAAUCAACGUUCAUCGCAUCUAUAUCUCACGAUCUUCGCUCCCCAUUACAUGGAAUGCUGGGAAGUCUUGAGUUUUUGGAAGAUACCAUGACUUCAGCAUACCAGACGAGUCUAAUUGGAGCAAUUGAAACGUGUGGGAAGACGCUGUUGGAUACUAUCGACCAUCUCUUGGACUACGCGAAGAUCAACAACUUAAAUAGGGCAAGCUCAUACCUAAGCUCUUCAGGAGAAAAGAAAACUUGGAGAGAUACCCGCGAUGUCGCGGAACCUCUAUCGACCACAUUCAAUCUUGCUAUCCUCCUGGAAGAAGUUGUUGAAGCGGUCUUUGCCGGGCAGACUUUCCGCAAAAUCAAUCUCCGACAUCAUGAUCCUGUGGACGAUGCGACCGCGCAGAUAAAGUCAAUUGGUAUUGAUGACUCGACAACGACCGAAGAGCAAAUACAUACUGGAAGUGUCAAAUUCUCUGGGAAGGUCUUCUUGAUACUCCAUAUCCAGAAGCUUGCCUCUUGGUGCCUACAAGGAAGUCAGACGGGAGGUCUCCGACGAGUUAUCAUGAAUGUUGUCGGCAAUGCCAUUAAAUAUUGCAAAACGGGAUGCAUUGACGUUUCACUGAAAGCAGAACCGACCACAUCGUCUGAUGUCAAUGUCGAGUUUUCCGUAAAAGAUACCGGCAUCGGCAUGUCGCAGAAUUUCCUUGCUAACCAUCUAUUUAAAGCUUUUUCGCAAGAGGACUCUUUUACACCAGGUACAGGACUUGGACUUUCUAUCACGUCUCAAAUUGUUCGAAAUAUGGACGGCAAGAUCAAAGUCGAUAGCGAGAAAGGUGUCGGAACGCACGUGAAUAUCAUGAUCCCAAUGAAGAUCGCCGCUCCUGGAUCUAGUGGCGGUCCUCAAGAAGACGUCUUACGAGAGGCCAUGAAGAUCACCGCGGGGAAGAAAAUCUGCAUUUUGGAUCCACUACUCAGCAAUGACGGGACCGGUGCGGAACUUUCGAAACUCGAGUCGUCUAUCGCUACUUUUUGCCAGGAAUGGUUCGAUAUGACCGUAAUCGAAAGCGAGACUAUCGACGCCGAUUCGGACACGGCAAUCUAUAUAUAUGCUGAGCCGCCGCCUAUUGAACAUCUAGUUCGACAACAUCUUGACCGCAAGGAGAUGGCAGGUUCAGGCAAAGAAGCUGCACUACUGAUAAUUUGUACGAAUGCUUUUGAAGCCGCGGCUCUGCGUGCAGCUGGGAUAAAAGAAUUAGUCUCCUUGGGUCGGAUUAUUGAAGUUAUCAGUCAGCCCGUAGGAGUGCGAAAACUGGGUAAGGUACUCCUUCAAUGCCUCCAACGCGUGGAAUCUAGCGGGCAGAAUAUGAAGAGGGGUUUAUUUUCUAAAACACCUUCUCCGUCGCUAUCAAGCAACCAGGCUAUAGGAUACUUUCCACAAAGCGGUUGGAAUUCUUCGGCUGUCGUCUACGACCAAACAGAAUCUCGAUAUCGGCCCUCGAUAGAAGCAUUGAAAUGGAAAUCGGAGCAGCCCCGAUUAAACAUUCCGGUAGAUACUAGUCUCACUAGACCCCUACCGCUUUCGCGGAUCAGCGGGCAAUCAAGCCUCAAUGCAGCGGUCCUAUCGCAACAUAUCCGCGCCCGUUCCGGGGAUACGACUAAGAAACCACCCCGCGUCCUCCUCGUCGAUGAUAAUGCUAUCAACCUCAAGCUUCUCGUAACGUUCAUGACGAAGAUCAAGCUACCUUACGCGGAAGCGACGAAUGGCCUUGAGGCUGUAAAUAAGUACAAGGGAGCUUCCGACCGACCGUUCGAUUUCGUGCUGAUGGACCUACAAAUGCCGGUCAUGGACGGACUCGAAGCGACACGCCAAAUCCGCGAGUUCGAACAGCAGUUACUACAGGAAAAGGCGGCAUUGGCGGAGGAACAAGGAGAAGAACAUGAACAUGAAGAAGGUUUCUUCAAGCCAUCGACUAUCAUCGCUAUAACGGGCGUAGGUAACGAGGCUACUCGACAAGAGGCUAUGGAGGCUGGUAUGUCGCAGUUCUUGACGAAGCCAGUGAAGUUUAAGGCGUUGCAGCAGUUACUUCUUGAAGAGUCGAAAUGAGGGAGCUCAUAAGGGUUUGAAAGAUGUUAUUUU